UACCUCUAAUAAGUUGGUCAAAGACCAUAUAUGGAGUCUCUUUGAAUAUGUUAUUUUGCUUGAAAGAUUUAUAUGUGAACCAUUUUUGAAGCUCUUACCUAAUCAAAAUUCAAGACCCUUUAACCAAUUAAUAUACAACAUUAUUAUAUAUAUGUAUAAAUACUUGACCUUCUCAUUAUUAUGAUCAUCUCAAUAUACCAUAUAUCAUAUAACUUAAGCAAGAGUUUGGAGUCAUAAAAGAGAGUAAAAUGGCUCCAACACACAGAUUUUUUUUCAAUCCUUUUACUAUUCUUUUCUUGGGUUUUCUCAUCAGCUUUAUUAUGAUAUAUUUUCCUGCAGAAGCUGCCAUUAAAAAAUACAACUUUGAUAUUCAAAUGAAGAAUGUGAGUAGGUUAUGUCAUGCAAAGCCUAUUGUGACUGUAAAUGGAAGGUUUCCAGGGCCAACUAUAUAUGUCAGAGAAGGAGACAGACUUCAAAUUAAUGUGACAAAUCAUGUUAAAUAUAACAUGUCCAUUCAUUGGCACGGAAUGAAGCAAUAUCGAAAUGGUUGGGCAGAUGGACCGGCUUACAUAACACAGUGUCCAAUCCAAACAGGGAAUAGUUACACUUAUGAUUACAAUGUAACAGGACAAAGAGGAACACUUUGGUGGCAUGCUCAUAUACUUUGGUUGAGAGCCACAGUGUAUGGUGCAAUUGUUGUGAUGCCCAAACAAGGAACUCCAUUCCCAUUCCCACAGCCAAACAGGGAAUUUGAAGUUGUGCUAGGAGAAUGGUGGAACUCUGAUGUUGAAACAAUUGUUAAGCAAGGGAAUGCAAUGGGUUUGCCACCAAAUUCAUCAGAUGCACACACCAUAAAUGGAAAGCCAGGACCACUAUUUCCAUGCUCUGAGAAACAUACUUUUGCAAUGGAGGUUGAACAAGGGAAGACAUACCUAUUGAGAAUAGUAAAUGCUGCACUAAACGACGAAUUAUUUUUUGCUCUUGCGGGCCAUAACAUGACUGUGGUCGAAGUAGACGCAGUUUAUACAAAACCCUUUAUGACACAAGCAAUAUUAAUAGCACCAGGUCAAACGACAAAUGUUCUGGUCAAGGCUAGCCAAGCACCUGGCCGAUACUUUGCAGCAGCUAGGCCAUUCUUAGAUGUGCCACUUCCCGUAGACAACAAAACAGCCACCGCCAUAUUCCAAUACAAGGGUAUCCCAAACACUGUUAUCCCAACUCUACCCCAACUUCCUGCACAAAAUGACAGUUCGUUUGCAUUGAACUACAAUAAAAAACUCAAGAGCUUAAACACACCAAAAUUUCCUGCUAAUGUUCCGUUAACUGUUGAUCGAAACCUCUUUUACACUAUUGGUUUAGGAAAAGAUUCUUGUCCCACUUGUCUUAAUGGGACUCGACUUGUUGCUUCGCUCAACAACAUCUCCUUCAAUAUGCCACAAAUUGGGCUUCUUCAAGCCCAUUACUUCAACAUUAAAGGAGUUUUUAAGACUGAUUUUCCUGAUAAACCUUCAACUCCUUUUAAUUAUACUGGUGCCCCACUCACAGCCAAUUUGGGGACUUUAGUGGGUACUAGAGUUAGCAAGAUUAAAUUUAAUUCUACUGUUGAGUUGGUUUUACAAGAUACUAAUCUUUUGACUGUCGAGUCUCAUCCAUUUCAUUUACAUGGAUAUAACUUUUUCGUGGUGGGAACUGGUAUUGGAAAUUUCAAUCCUGCUAAGGAUCCAACUAAGUACAACUUGAUUGAUCCCGUUGAAAGAAAUACUGUUGGCGUGCCUACUGGAGGUUGGACCGCCAUUCGAUUUAGAGCUGAUAAUCCAGGAGUAUGGUUCAUGCAUUGUCAUUUGGAGCUCCACACUGGAUGGGGAUUGAAAACAGCUUUUGUUGUUGAGGAUGGACCAAGAUCAGAUCAAACGGUUCUGCCUCCACCUAAGGAUCUUCCAUUCUGUUAACAAUAAUAAUAACAAUUAAUAACAACUAAUUGUUGUUAAGCAAAAUAAAAAAAAUAAUUACUAAUUGUUCAAAACAUUUGCUUUUUUCUUUCUUUUUUAUUUUAAAAAAAAUUAUUGUAUGCAUUCAUUAUAUAGUUUUUUAUGUUGCAAAAAUGGCACAAAUUGUUAUGUGUAUAACCUAUGAAAGUUGUAGGUUGUUUGUUUAUAAUUUAGUGUGGAAUUUGAGGAAUGUGAACAAAUUGUAAGAAAGAAAAUAUUUGUAACAUUUCUAUUGAGAUGAAUAAAAUACACAAAUACCUUUAUUGUC